AUGGCGUUCACCGGUCAGUGUUUUUGCCGGACACAACGUAAAGAAGAUCGUCGCUCUACUUUAUCGGACGGUUGUCGUUGCUCCCUCUCUUCGUCUAAGGUUUUUCCGUUUCCUUUACUGCGAUGUUCUCUCAUGCACAUGUACGUCGAGAACUGA